AAACAGCAAUCCCCGAGACCUAAGCUCCUUAAAACUUUCCCAAUUUUGUAAGUUACUAUCAAGUAAACAAAAUGAGAUUGCUUCUACUAGCAACUGUCUUCGCUGCUGGCGUCUUGCCGUACGCCACGGCAGGUCGUUUUGUUUGUUAUUUCCCCAACUGGGCUUUUGAACGUCAAGAACCUUGGCAGUUUGGCGUGGAAAACAUUGACACGAAACUCUGCACUCAUCUGGUCUACGCGUUCGCCGACCUCGACGAAACUACGUUCAAGAUCAAACCCAACAAUCCAGCCAUAGACAUCGAUCAAGAAUUCUAUCGUAAAUUCACCGACUUGAAAAACCAGAACCCUAGCCUGAAGACCAUGUUGGCCAUUGGCGGAUGGGUAGACUCCAAUAUCAACGAUAAGUAUUCUCAACUAGUAGCUAGUAGCGAGAACAUCGAUGUUUUUGUCGGCUCAGUCGUCACCCUUCUACAAGAAUAUGGAUUUGACGGACUCGACAUGGACUGGGAAUACCCCAGGUCCGAAGCUGACAAGACCGGAUUCACCAAUCUUCUGGUGGCUUUGAAAGAUGCAUUCGCCCCGUUCAAUUACAUCCUGAGCGCUGCCGUGUCCGCCAUACCCACCGAUCUCGGUUACGACAUCCCAGCCAUCGAAACAACAGUUGAUUUCAUCAAUUUGAUGACGUACGAUAUACACGGAUCGUGGGAGCCGGACAUGGCCGAUCAUCACGCUCCUCUGCGUAAGCGAUCGUUCGAAACGACUAAUAACAACGUCGAAGACAGCGUUGACUUCUGGCUUGCAAACGGACUGUCUGCUUCUAAAAUCAACCUCGGCAUGCCGCUAUACGGACGCACCUGGAAGCUCGCAUCAGCAAUGACGACUCCACCUGCUCCGGCAGUUGGCGCUGGAGCUCCCGGUCCGAUUACCAAUGAAGAAGGUUUUGUAGGCUACUUCGAAAUCUGCCAAGCUGUUCAGAACGAGGGAUGGCAAGUUGUUCAAGAUCCCGACCAAUACAUUGGACCGUACGCCCUGUCACCUACCGACGUCGUGAAUUGGAUUGGCUACGACGAUGUCACCAUGCUCACCACGAAGAGCAACUACGUCCUUUCCAAAGGGUUAGGUGGAGCAAUGGCGUGGGAUAUCAGUAUGGACGAUUACCGUGGCGUUUGCGGAGCCGGAAUGAACCCCCUGUUGACAGCCAUAUCACGUAUCGUCGUGGGUUAAUCAAUUAACCUAUUACCUUCUUUAAACGACAGCGUUCAUGAAAAAAAUCAAUAGCAAAAGUGCAUAUUAUCAGAUGUAGAUUCAGUUUAAAUACAAGUUAACAGCAUGA